ACAGAUGUACUUAUAACUUCGCAUCUUGUCUCAUAUUUUGACCCAAAUUGCGUCAUAUAUAAUUUGUAACGACUGAUUUUUCUUUGGGUUUUUCUGUGUGAAAGUGUUUUGUUUUGCAAAAAAUGCAUGGAUCGAAUUUCAAACGUGCUGCACACAUCUCAACGGGUCACUGAUGACGAACCAUAACAUUUGAAAAACCUUCCUGUCAGUUGGAUUUUGAAGAACAACGAAUAGAAAAACCAUGAAAAAUGAUUAAGUUGAGAUAGAGGUUUCAAAAAUGUUCGGAAAUACAACAGAAAACUUCGCUUUAAACGCGACAACCGAUAUAUACAAUGAUUUGUUUAGUGGGACAACAAAUACGUCUCAACAUGACAUGUUUAAUGGGACAACAAAUGCGUCUUACCAGGACAGUAUUAAUAAAACAACAACUACGUCUUACUCAGCAAAUAUUUCAACAACUACCGAAUAUGGGUACCUAGCGACCACUGAACAACCAGACUCGCACAACGAUCUGAUUUGGAUAUUGCCAGCUGUCCUUGGAAUUGUUUGUUUUCUAUUUGGUGUCGCAUGUGUUCUGUUCUACACUAUAAAAUAUUGUGAAAUUUGCAUAUUGCGAUUCCUAUACAAGUAUUGUGGCUGUUGUGGUCCGCCUUCUGAAAAAGGACAAAAAACUAGACAAAGUUAUACUGAGCUUCAAGAAAGAGAAGACAUAGGAGAUGAAAUAGAUGCAAUGUAUAUGAAAGAUGUCAUCGAAUCUGCAGGCUCUUUCGGAACAAUCGACAGAUUGGAUGAUGAUGAAUUAUUUUCACGAGAAAAGGAGAAAUCAUAAAAAGACUCUGUAUUAUUGAAGGUUUUCACAUACAUGGCCAAUGAUAAUCAAAGCAAUCUCAUGUUUACCAAUAAAUAGUUUCAUUUUCAA